ACUCUUUACCAAAAACCCUAUCUAGCUGCGCCGUUGUUCACCUUCAGAUCUUAUGUCUCUCAGUCCCUCGAAUCUACCUAAGUCCCGCUCUCCCACACACCAUCUCCGAUUCUCCACCGUUGCCGUUGUUAAGCGUCUCAAAUCCUGAGGUUCCGUUUUCUAUUCUUACCAUUUUCUCUUGAGAUUCCCAGAGAAGACAAAAAAGAAGAAGUCUUCGUCGAAGACAGAUUCAUCAUCGACGCUGUGAGCUCGUACUUGGGGAUCGUUUCGGCGUCAACGAGUCCAAGCGAUAUCAGAUCCAAGCCCGGAGUCCCAGUGAUCACCGGAUCCUCCGAGAGUCCCGUCUUCUCCUGGUAGUUCUUCUUAUUCAUCAUCUCCAGUUCUCUAUUGGGUUGGGCCUUGAGGCCUCCACAAAAAGGCCAAAACAUCCCUCCUUUUGCUGUGCUGUUACUCAAUCGCGACUGACAGCGAAAGAUGAGGCUGCUAACUCAUAACAUGCUCUCCUCCAACAUCAAGGGCGUGGCCAACGGCUUUCCUCUCCGCAUCGAGGUGGAGAAGGUGAUAGAGAAGCAGGUGGAGUUAAACGCGGACUUCCUACGAAAUCUGUUCCCCAAGAUCGAGUGGAAGGCCCUCCUCGACGCCGCCCGAACCAUGGGCUAUGCCGAGCUCCCAGAGGAGGCCGACUCGCCCAUGCUCGACUCCGACGAAUUCUUGAACAAGUUCCACCACGCCCUCCUGGAGCUCCACCUCGAGGAGGGCGCGCUCGUUUGUCCAGAGACCGGUCGCCGCUUCCCCGUCAAUAAGGGCAUCCCCAAUAUGCUCCUUCACGAAGACGAGGUCUGAAUCUGAUAAUAUUAUUUAAUGGCUCUCAAAUAUUGUUAAUUUGGUAUUGGUCUUUCUACCAAAUUAGGGUUUUUAAGUAAUAGAAUCUAGUGCUUGCCUGACUGUUUGGUAUAUUUGAGAAUUUUGUUUUUGUUGGAGAGAAUGGAAAUUAGGAGAAGCUCCGUUUGUUAA